CGAGUGUUUAGCAUAAGAAGGUAGGCGUCAUCUUAAUUCUCCUGUCGACCCUGCAGCGACGGCUGGACGACUUAAAAAAAACUGAAUUAAGUUUUUCAAUUCGACGACUUUUUAAAACGAAAUGGCAGAUCAACUGUUGGAAAACCUUCGCAUUCCGCUGAUCAAAGGUUUGUCAGAGCGCGUCAUCAAUGGUUUGCUGGAUGAUCUUCAGCAAAACAGGGUGUUUGGCGAAGAGGAGAUUGAAGACAUCCAGCAGAAGAUGAAAACACGGACUGAUCAAGCUCGCCAUGUGAUUGACGAUGUGAAGCGAAAAGGAGUCAAAGCAAGCGAGAUUAUGCUGACAUGCUUGAAGACCAGAGACGCCCAUCUUUACGACACCCUGGACAUUGACAGACUGUUGGCACCAGUUCCUGAGACAGAGGCGACCCCUAGUCAAUUACCUGAAACUACAGGCUGUUAUACGGAUAAGACCAACACAAUGCCUGAGUACGAGAUGAACAGCAAUCCACGUGGACUUUGUCUAAUUUUUAAUAACGAGAAUUUUAGAAAUCCUAAAAUGAAACGAUAUGGAUCCCAAAAGGAUGCCGAUUCUCUGAAGGACUUGUUUGAAUCGCUGGGCUUUCUGGUUGAAAUCAAGAAAGACCAGACUGUAUCUGCCAUGAAGAUGACUUUGAAGCAAUACAGUGAGAAUCGCCAGCAUGGAGACUGCUUCGUCUGUUGUGUUCUGAGUCAUGGAGAUGAGUCUGGUGUUCUGGGAUAUGAUGAACAGAUAUGUCCUGUGGAUGACAUCACGUCCCCAUUUAAUGGAGCCAACUGCUCCUCUCUUGCCGGCAAACCCAAAGUGUUCUUCAUCCAGGCAUGUAGAGGAGAAAAGAUUCAGAGCAAAGUGAUGGUUGCAGAUUGUCUUGGUGGUAGUCGUACGCAAAAACCUGGCAGAGUAUCGGUCAGCAUUCCUAAAGAUUCAGACUUUCUGAUUGCCAGGUCCACUGUGGAAGGCUAUGUGUCGAUCCGCGAUGAAAUCAGAGGAUCCUGGUUUAUACAGUCCCUUUGUGAGAAUUUAAAAGAGGGAAGUAAACGAGGCCAUGACAUCUUGAGUAUUCUCACAAAGGUCAAUAAUGACGUAAGCCUUAAAGAAGGCUAUUUAGAAGUUAACAAAGACAGGGUAGAUGCAAAAGUGACCCCUCAGCCCAUUUUCACUUUGAGGAAGCUUCUCAUUUUCAGACCUCUGAAGAGGUCAGGCUGGUUCUCUUAAACAGAUGAAAACAGGCUAAAUGCAUGAUUUGUUCAUCUCAAGGAAGAGAGGUCUUCCAAUCACAGAGAAUGUCUCCAAUAUUCACCUCUGCUUUUGCUCUAUUUGUUAUUUGAGUUUUUAUGAUUACGUGUUUCACUUUUAACCAUGCAGACUACUUUGAACCUAACCUAACCUAAACAUGGUCUAACUUUUUGUAUUAUCAAACUUUCUCACUUGACUAAAUGCUCAAAUAUGCAUGUUGCAAGAAUAUGGAUAAUACUAAUAUAACUGAACUGUAUGUCUGUUAUUACCAUAAUAUUGUUUUGUAUGAUAGGAGAAUCGGGACCAUUAAGACAAAGGACAUUUGUGUCCAUACUUUUAUAAAUGUGAAUGCUUUUUCAAAUUGUAAUAGUUUGUAUCUGAUUUUACGCACAUGACUUUAAUAAUAAAUGACAUUAUAGUUUC